UAAAUAACAAACCACCCACUUAUUUCGAAGCCUACGGUUGGGGGAAUCACGGGACGUUUAACGUUGGCGGAGCUAAAAGAAACAGAAAUGAGACGUGGGGAUUCAUUUAACGAAACGGACGGUUUCUGAUAAGCAGCUGGCGGUUACUGCAAUCGCAGGUUGCUGCUGUUUAAAAAAAAAAAAAAAAAAAAAAAGAAAAAAAUUCGGGGUGUCCUCAUCUGUCGCGACGCAGCGGCUAACGAGCUAACUGCCCGCGGAUGAAGUGAAGAAGUCCUCUCGGUGUGCAUAUGGAGCCAACGACGCAGCGGUUACAUUUAUAGGACUGUCGGAGCUGGGUGUAUUUCCUGUAAGAGGUGUUAUCCACACUAGAAUCAACCGCUUUGUUGUUCGUGUCCUCCUGGUGUGUGUGCUGGAGGAGCGUCCCCACUACAUGUAUGCUAGCCAGCUAACGUACCCAGGUUUUGCUGUCAGGAGCCGAGGGACGCCGACCUGGUUCUCCCCCCUACACGCCACUAUGAUAUGACGGCUUUAUUUUAACUGCGGGAUCCCCUCUCGAAGUACCGGACGCGGAGCAUGCAGGAGAGAAGAGUCCAGAUAAACAGAUAGGGGACGUCGGACGGUACCGAGUUUUAAAAAGGACUGCGUGGUUAAUUCACCGCCGAUUAGAGGUCGCGGCAAGGAACAUUGAAAGAUGAAGAAGUUUUCCAGAAUGCCGAAGUCCGAGAGCGGAGGACUCGGAGGGGCGUCCGGUACCAGCUCCAGCUCAGGGGUCAGCAGCUACUUCGGGAAAGUGUUCGCGGUUGGCCGGUACCAGGUCACAGUGGAGGAGCUCGUCGCAGAAGGGGGCUUCUCGGUGGUGUUCCUGGCUCGGACACACAGCGGCGUCCGCUGCGCUCUCAAAAGGAUGUACGUGAACAACGUGCCGGACCUGAAUAUCUACAAGAGAGAAAUCACGAUCAUGAAGGAGCUGUCGGGCCACAAGAACGUCGUCCGCUACCUGGACUCGACAAUCAGCUUCGUUUCCGACAGCGUGUGGGAGGUUCUGAUUCUCAUGGAGUACUGCAAAGCGGGUCAGGUGGUGAAGCAGAUGAAUCAGCGGUUAAACGUGGGCUUCAGUGAGGCGGAGGUGCUCCACAUCUUCUGCGACACAUGUGAAGCUGUGGCUCGCCUUCACCAAUGCAAGACUCCAAUCAUUCACAGAGACCUUAAGGUUGAAAACAUCCUUCUGAACGACCAGGGAAACUACGUCCUGUGUGACUUCGGCAGCUCCACUCAUAAAGUUCUGUUGCCACUAAAAGACGGAGUGACGGCUGUGGAGGAUGAGAUAAAGAAGUACACGACCCUCUCAUAUCGGGCCCCAGAGAUGAUUAACUUGUACGCAGGGAAAGCCAUCACCACUAAGGCUGAUAUCUGGGCGCUUGGAUGCUUGUUGUACAAGCUCUGUUUCUUCACACUUCCAUUUGGGGAGAGCCAGGUUGCCAUUUGUGACGGAACCUUUAUUGUUCCAGAUAACUCCAAGUUCUCCACCAAGUUGCACUGCUUAAUCAGAUAUAUGCUUGAGCCGGACCAGGAGAAGAGACCAGACAUCUACCAGGUGUCCUACUUUGCCUUUAAACUAGCAGGAAGAGACUGCCCAGUCCCAAACCUCUCAAACUCUCCCAUCCCAACGUCGCUUCCUGAGCCUCUGACAGCCAGCGAGGUCGCUGCUAAGAAGAGCAUGACUAAAGCCAGGAUAACCGACUCCGUGGGUCCAACAGAAACAUCCAUCGCUCCCAGGCAGCGGCCGAAGGCGGCGAACAGCAACGUCCUGCCGCCGCUCACCAACACCGUCACGCCUGUUAAAAUGGCCGUGCCUUCAGCGCCCGUCAGCAACGGCCAGAAAGCUCCCACUCCUGGAUCGGGACAGCCGUCCGUCCAGACGGCGCCCGGCAGCCAGCAGCACCGCGUCCUGCAGCAGCUGCAGCCUGGAGAUCUGCGCCUCCAGCAGCUUCAGCAGCAGCAAGCCGUGCAGCAGCAGCAGCAGCAAGCUAAUGCUCAGCAGCUGCAAUACCUGCAGUACCAACAGGCCGUGCAGCAGUCCCUGCAGCUCCAGCACCAGCAGGCUCUGCUCCAGCAGCAGCAGAUGAUGAUGCAGCCGAUGUAUCAGCAGCAGGUCGCUCAGGCUCAGUACGCUGCCAUGCUGCACCAGUACCAGCAGGCUUUUGUCCAGCAGCAGCAGCAGCAGCAUCAUCAUCAUCACCAACAGCAGCAGCAGCAUCCCGCUCAGCAGCCUCUUCCCUAUAUGUCUUCCCCUCUUGAGUUCCAGAUCCCUCUGGGUUCUUAUAAUGUUGCCACGCCCACAGCUGGAGCUGGACCCAUCGCUGGACCAUCACCUGUGGAAACCUCGUACACUAACCCCAGCAGAAACCCCCUGCUGGCCACGGACGGUAUCACGCCGACUUCCCAGAGCAGCAGCAGCAGCAGCGUCAGUCACCCGCCCGACAUGUCGGGCUGGAACCCGUUCGGAGAAGACAACUUCUCGAAACUGACCGAGGAGGAGCUGAUCGACCGAGAGUUCGACAUGCUCAGAGCAAAGAAGCCAGAAGAGCGAACGGUCGGCGUGGAAACGGACCCGGUGCCGCCCGCCGCACUUCCGCCGGAGGAUCUGUUCGGCUCGGUUCCCUUCGUGGCCAACGCAGGAACUGGUGUGAUGCAGAGUGAGCUGCCUGUCGACGAGCUUCCUACCAAUGUCCAGGACCCCGUCGAGGAUGCUCAGCUGGUCAAGGAGCCAAAAUCGGGAAAGAAAAACAGCUGCAAACUCGCCGAUGAGUCCGACAGCGACUUCGAGUCCGACCCUCCUUCUCCAAAAAGCAGUGAAGACGAAGAGCAGGAGGAAGAGGAGGCCUUGAACAGCGAGCACGGUGACGACACCGAGCCGGAGAAUCUGGGUCAGAGGCCUCUACUGAUGGACUCCGAGGACGAGGAAGAUGAGGAUAAACAUAGCUCAGAUUCGGACUGUGAUGUCAACAAGGUCAAAGGCCGCUCAAAGAAACCAGCCGCCGUUAAAGUAGCCAAUCCCACCGCUUCCAGGAGUCCUGGAGGGCGGUCUAAGCAGAGUCUCAUCACCCCUACAGUGUCUUCCGACGGAGCUGAAGUUGUGGAUGUGUUCGGCGCCGUUCCGUUCGUUGGCGGAGCUUCACCCGUCGGGCCCGCAGAGGGCAACGAUAUCUUCACCAAAGCGCCUUUCCGGCAGGUCAGCCAGGAGGAGCCGGCUGCUGAUGAGUUUGAUGUUUUCACCAAAGCCCCGUUCAGCCGGAACGUGUCGAAGUCCGGAAGGAGCGGCAGCCAGACGCCCCCUAUAUCCCCAGAAGGCACCGACGUCUUUGGCUUCUCUCCGUUCCAGCCGGGCCAUACCGAGCCUCCGCCUACCUCCCGGAGCGCCGAAGACAUCUUCCAGUCGCCAUUCGAGGAGCCGUCGGGUCUCCAGCAGAGGCAGAAGCAGCGCAGCCUCCAGAAGUUGUCUUCGCGACAGAGAAAAACCAAGCAGGAGACGACGGCGGGGGGCAGCAAUGGCAAGCGGCACCACGGUACCCCAACCGGAGGACGCAAAACCAACAAGCCGAGCUACCGCACUCCAGAGAAGGUCCGCAGGCAUAAGAAGGUGGGCCGCCGAGAUUCUCAGAGCAGCAACGAGUUCCUGAGCACCUCCGACUCCAAGGAGAACAUCAGCGUGGACAUCAGCAUGGCCGAAGGGAAGGACACCAUGGCGCCUCUUCCGGUGGACGACGUUCUUCUAGACCCGUUCGGGGCCAAACCCUUCCACCCUCAGUACCCAGGCCUUGGCGACGGUAAACCCGACAUGAGCACCGCCAACGGGGGAAGGAUCAUAGAUGAUUUCGGGGCGGUUCCCUUCACGGAACUGGUGAUCCACAGCGGGCCGCAGCAGCCGGUGGUGGCGCCUUCGCAGCCGCUGGACCUAGACCCUUUUGGAGCGGCGCCGUUCCCCUCCAAGCAGUAACUCAACAUGUCUUCCGCCGGUAGCCGUUAACCCACAGCUGUUUUUUUUUUUUUUUGGUUUGGGAUCAUUUCUAAUCAGCCUGAGUGGAGUGUUUCUCUCUGCGCCUGCCUUCUAUGCUGCAUCUCAAUGCUUUUAGGAACUGAGAGUUUGUACUGUGAUUUAAUGUUAAUACUUGACUUUCUAGUCUGCCUUGUGAUAAGUUUUAGCACCAAGAAGCCUUACCUGAGCUGGGCCAGACCCGCCGCACAGUACCUCCGUAAAAAAAAGACAAAAAAACGCAUCGUUUGACAUAUUUUGGGAGCAGCGUUUAACCACUUUGUCGUCCUUUUUAGGUUUUUAAUCUAUGCAUACUUUCCCUGCAGCCAGUGUGGGAGUGGGUGCAUUUCACUAGAAGGGAAUUUUUUUUUUUUUUUAUUGUACUUUCCUAAAGAAAAAAACAACUUUUUUUUUCAUUUUUAGGCUCUUAAUUGUUCUUUGUAGCAGAAAAACCUCUGCUCAAUUAUUGGUUAUUUUCUUUUUUUUUUUUUUAUGAACUCAAAAUAAAAACACAAAGCUGCAGCCAGUCACUUGUGAAGGAUUUGGUACUUGUGGAGCAUUUCUGAUGAAUUCUGACUAGUUUGUUGGAUUUUAUUGAACAGUUUAUAAGACAAACAUGUGAAGCGUAUUGUAUUAAACAGCCUUAAAAACAAA